AAACUGAAAACUCCCUGGAAAUCGAUAUGGACCUCUAUGCCGUUUUACGCGUUGAUGGUUGCUCACUGUGGACAAAACUGGGGCUUUUGGACACUGAUGACUGAAAUGCCUUCAUAUAUGAAGCAAAUCCUUGAAGUCGAUAUUAAAGCGAAUGGUGCUAUGUCAGCUCUUCCAUACUUGGCAAUGUAUGUGCUAGGAUUCCCGUUUGGCUUCAUGUCAGAUUACGCUCUCAAGAAGAAAUGGGUCAGUACCAGCGGUGCGAGGAAAAUAUCUAAUACCAUAGGUUAUUGGGGUCCAGCGUUUGCAUUGAUAGGGUUAUCAUAUGUGCCAGGAGGUAACGUUACCCUAGCCGUGGUACUGCUGACAGCCGUCGUGGGUCUAAAUGCUGGUCAAUAUACCGGAUAUUUGCUCGUACACAUUGAUAUGGCACCAAAUUUUGCUGGGACAAUGAUGGGCAUCACCAAUACCUUCGCCAAUAUUAUAUCUAUCAUAUCGCCACUUGUUGCUGGCCUCAUACUACAAGAUGAGACGGAUCCCUCUCAAUGGCGUCUGGUGUUCUAUGUAUCAUCAGCUGUAUACUUCGCUACAAAUCUGUUUUUCAUAAUAUUCGGCAGUUGUGAGAGGCAGGCAUGGAACGAGCUCAAAGAAUCUGAAGAAAGUACUGAGAAAAAAGCCGAGAAAGUUGUUUGA